AUGGACAUUGCUCAGACCUCUCCCAAGAGUGUCGCACACACGGAAACCUCCAAGCCAAUUCGGGGUGUGAGUUUCGGCACAAAUCAACCUCCCGAUGCAAUCCGGCAGCUCGUCCGCCGGUGGCUUACUGACGAAGAGGCCAACAAGAUCUUGUCAAGAUUCCAGAAAGCAUGUAUGACCAACCGCCAGGUGCUGUGGAGCGGCAUAUACAUCCAUGGUGCGUCUAUUAUCUUCGCAUGGUUUGUUUCUCAGGGUGACCUUGUUACUGUACUUUCGCAUCCUCCACCCCUUCUCUUUCACCCUUCGGGGCAAACUUUUUAUCAACUAUAUGAAGAGCCUAUCAUCAAGGGCAAGAUGGGGAACCGGCCAGUUGGAAGGAUUGAUACGGCUCACCCAGUCAUCGAGGUAGCGAACGAUUUUAUAUAUCAGAUAUGGCCACAUAAUAACUCGUCGCUUUGGAUAAAGAAAUUUGGGAUCCUGGAUAUCGAUUUGCCAUGGCGCAAAACCAAGUUACCUAAAUGUAGUGCGCAGCAACCAGGAGCAACCGCCAGGCCAACAUCACCGCUGACUUCGAACAGAGCAAAGGCUAUAAAGCCUUCUAACAAGUCAGUGACGGAUACAAAGAACAUGACGGUAAAAGAAGGAGGACAGAAAACGAAGAAGGCGUUGAGGGCAAUAGCGAAGCAAGAGAAAAAUCCGGCAGCCAAGGAGUUACUAAAACAUGAGACUUCUAGGGGCAAACAGGUGUUGGGCGAACUCGAAGGGAGGCAAAGUGGUGGGAAGAACGAGACGAUGAAAACAAGGAAGAAGAAAAAGAAACAGAAAAGGAAACAUGAAGUGGCAUUCCAAAAAGCCCAAGCUCAGAUCAACAUCAAGCAGGGGCAGAAGAAAACAGUGACAAUGGUGAUCCCCAAAGGUAGGAAAAAGGCAGCAAAGGCUGGGGCGAAAGUCAAGUCUGUAGGGAAGAACAGUAAGUAA